ACACUAUAGUACUUUUUCAAACAAAUUGGUAGGCUAUAAAUGUUAAUGACAUUUUCAAUCAAAUUCAGAAGGCUUUGGUUUUCACUUCUCCGGAAUAUGGAAUCGCCCGACAACAGGCUGUACAUGUGCACCGUUUGCUUCCAACGAUACCUGUGGAAGGAUCUCUCGGAUAAGGAACACCGGUGCUUCCGCUGUCGCUUGCCACCAAAAGUAUGUUUAAUCUGCAGUACGAAGUUCGAGCCCCGAGAUAAGAUCACUAACUACUGCAAACGCUGCGAUUUCUACAUACACAAACAUGUGGCCGUCAAGCCACCUCCGAUUCCCGAAGGACGAGAGGACUUUGAGCCAAACAGAGAGGGAUCCUCGUUCACAGAACGCUGGGAGGAGAUUAAGGCGGCCUCUGGCAUAACCGACGACUAUUUGAGUGACUAAGUUCGAGAAUCACAG